GCUGUCUUUCAUUUUGCUUCUCAGCUCCAGAAGAAAAGGAUGCAAUUAAAGGACAAUAUGAAAAACUCAUGGAUGCUUAUGGCUGCUUAGGAGAGCUUCAGCUUAAAUCUGGUAACGCUCGGCUGCACUUUCUGGUCCUGGUGACGGGCUGUACGUCGGUGGGAAAAAUCCUGGACGCUGAAGUUUACAAAAUUACUGCAACAGAUUUCUGUCCUCUCCAGGAAGAAACAAAGGAAGAGGAGCGUGUAACUGCCUUGAGGAAAAUACUGAACUCUGGGAUGUUCUAUUUCUCCUGGCCUAAUGCAGGCUCAAACUUUGACCUGACUGUGCGAGUUCAGAAGCAGGGUGAUAACCACUAUGAAUCUGGUAACUCGUUCUUCUGGAACCAGCUACUGCAUGUUCCCUUCAAACACUACCAGGUGAACUGCUCUGACUGGUUGCUGAAAGUGAUCUGUGGUGUAGUGGACAUUCGCACUGUUUAUGCUUCUCACAAGAAGGCAAAAGCCUGCCUUAUCUCUCGGAUCAGCUGUGAGCGAGCUGGUGCCCGGUUUCACAUUCGAGGGGUCAAUGAUGAUGGACACGUGUCUAACUUUGUUGAGACAGAGCAGGUAAGUGAAUGUAUCCGAUAGCCUUGAAUAAUUCAG